UUGAUACAAAUUCGGUACCUGCGCUGCACUUCAAAUAAAAUGCCAAUCAAAAUACUUUUGACCAAUCAGGGACUUUCAGGGGCAGGCACAUGGAAUGGCACAUCUAUUAAAACGCUCGCUGAAGACGGUCGACAGGGCUGGGAGUUUAUGACAUUACAAAAAUGACCACUUCCUGGAGAUAAAUUGGAGGUAUAUACAUUUGGCACCAUGUCAUCUCAAAAAGAAGCAUAAAUCAUGUCGUGCAAUUACUGAUAUGCAAUCAGCAAACAGGCUGGUGCUCCUAAAUGCACCUGGGAACGCAUUCUUAUUGGAAAUGAUGGGGGAGAUUUUCAACCAUAGCGCUGGCAGCGGCAAGUUUAACAGGUCUCUGACGGAUCCGAACAGGUUCAGCAGUUUGGAGGACAUAGAUGUGACUGCUGACGGGAGCCCGGUACUCAGGAUACUUAUCUCCAUAGUUUACUCUGUGGUGUGCGCUAUUGGCUUAGUUGGGAACUUGCUUGUAUUUUUUCUGAUGAAGAUAAGGCAAGGGAGGAAAAAAUCCACAAUAAACUUCUUCGUUCUUAACCUGGCCGUGACGGACUUCCAGUUUGUGUUGACCCUGCCCUUCUGGGCGGUGGACACCGCUCUGGACUUCAGCUGGCCGUUUGGACAUGCGAUGUGCAAGAUCAUUCUGUCCGUCACCGUCAUGAACAUGUAUGCUAGCGUGUUCUUUCUCACUGCCAUGAGCAUCACACGCUACUGGUCUGUCGCAUCAGCUCUGAAGAACCGAACUCGACCGAUAUCCUGCUCGGUGAAAUGGGUGAGCGCACUACUGUGGGUUGCGGCGACCGUGGCUACAGCACCAACAUCUAUAUUCUCCACAGUGAGAAAUGUAGCAGGAGAAAAACUCUGUCUUCUGAGGUUCCCUGAUGGUCAGUACUGGCUAGCGCUCUACCAUCUUCAGAAAAUACUUAUUGCGUUUGUUUUUCCUAUGCUGAUAGUUUCAAUCUGCUAUUUGAUGCUUUUGCGAUUCAUCCGACUGCGAAGCAUGAACAACAAUCGUCCUAAACGGAAAUCCAGGGUCACUAAAUCUGUCACCAUCGUGGUCCUCUCGUUCUUUCUUUGUUGGAUGCCAAACCAUGCCAUCACAUUCUGGGGAGUGUUAGUCAAAUUCAAUGUGGUUUACUGGGAUAGAACAUACUACAUUGUUCACACCUAUGUGUUCCCUGUGACUGUCUGUCUAGCACAUGUCAACAGCUGUUUAAAUCCAGUUCUAUACUGCCUCAUGAGACGGGAGUUCCGAAAAAUGCUAAAGGAUUUAUUUUGGCGGAUUUCUUCACCCUCGAUUUCGAAUAGCUGUCAAAUACGUCCAUUUUCUGGAGCCAUAAAACCUGAGCAGGAGGACACCCAAGUAGUCAUUCCUCUGCACGUGAUAGAAACUGACCACUCUAGGUUAACUAUAAUUAACGGACGUUGUGACGGACUGCCAAGCGUCACACAAGAGAGGUGAAAUAAUGUGCGCUAAAAAGUGGUGCUACAUAAAUAUUUCAGAGAGCACAUCUUACCACGACACAAGCCCAUACCAGCGAUGAAAAACGUCGUCCAUUUACGAAAUAUACCGUUCUGAUUUGCUUCAAAAUGUGAAAAUUGUGAUGUGCCAAAUUAAGUACAACAAUAUGUUCUGUAAAUGUAUAUCCUUUGAGUUUUAUUUUUAAUGUACUAUGCGGGUCAAAUCUUGAUUUACGAGUUCGACUUUACUUAUUGGGUGUUUUAUUACACUAAGAUAUAGAAAUGAGCUUUUAAAUGUUGUCUAAUAUGCAACAGAGAAGCGGACAUGCUGCAGUCUUUACGCAUCAGUGUUAUCAGGAACACAAGCACGUGUUUGUUCUUUGUGGACGUACAUCCGUGUACUGUGAUUUUGAGAUUUGGAAUGUGCGAAAGUAAGAUUUCAGUGCACUAUGUCUCGCCUUAAAUAUAGUUUUAAAUAUUAUGUCAUACACUUUUGCCUAAUAAUUAAUAUUUUAAUGUAACAUUUCAGGUGUGUUUUUCAGAUGCCUCAAAAUCUAUUAGGCUGCACUGCACCCAUAAAGGAUAAACAUGAAUUAAACAAGAGUCUGAUCUAUCCUAAAAUUUCCAGGGAACAAUACAUUUGUGUAUUUGAAUUUAUUCUGUGUUUCUAUAGAUGUUUGAAAUUAAAAUAGUGUUUGCACGUAAAUGAAUGUACUGUAAGUCACUACACUGUUGAUUGUAAAUUCACAAUAAAUUGUUUUGUUAUUGGCAAAAAAAAAUAA